AUUGAUGAUGAGUCGAACAUACAGAAAUCUGUAGCCUUGAUGACUGCUUUAAGUGGUCCCAAGGGCAUAAUAAUUCCAGCCAUUGACUUGUGUGAUUUUGUGUGUGGUACAGGACGUAUGAGUAAUGUGGCAGAAUUGACCACAAAAGUCGAAUACAGCUAAUAAACUCUUUAUAGAAAAAGAAAGCAAAAAUAAAGUGCAAAGAGGAAGCUAAAAAUCAACAAUAAGUUCCGUCACCAGCUCAAUUCCUCAACUUCUCAGCUGACGCUUGAUUGCACCUGAAGCAAAGGAAGCUGUACGUGCCUGGAAGGAUUCCAGAAAAAGCUGCAAGAAGGGAACAGCUUUUCACCUGUGCUGGGCAUGCCUAUGCAUUAAUCACACACUCUCUCAGACACACACGCACACGCACACACCCACAGCCCAUUCGUCAACAAAGUCGGGAACAGCAAAGAGGCAUGACUGUGCUACGAGCUGUGGCAUUUACAACGUGACACAUGGCGAUGUACUUUUAUGCCAGCAAGAUAUCGGCCAUCGUCUGUGCCACACGUUGCAAGCAGACCGUGCUACAAAAGUCGCGUGGUCAACGGGAUCGCGAUAAAGACAAGGCGGCAAAUCGAAAACGACAACGACAACGACAUCAAGAUUCGAGUAGAAGGCGAAGCAGAAGUCCGCAGAGCAGCUCUGACAGCGAGUCCAACACGGAGGACAAUGCCUUUUGUGGCAAUGGAGGAGAGGAGGAUUCAGCACCUCAGCCGGAUGUGGGCAUUUUCUUGCUCAAUGCGGAAACGGCACAGCUCCCCGGCUUGGGAUUGGGAUUAGAAGUGGGACUGGGACUAAGACCAGGCAACGAGACGACAGCUAUGCACUUCCGGCGUCGUCAUAGUGCAGAACAGUUGAGUGCACUCGAUUUGGAAUUAGGAUUUCAGCAGUUAAAGGUGGCAACAACCGCAGCUCAUGUUGAUGCCAUUCAAUAUGAUGUUCCCAAAACUCCCCAUAAACGCAACCAAACUGAUGCCAAUUUUGAGAGCUCUGUUCUGGGUGUCGGUGGCAUUAUGUACAUAAAUGGACGCAUUAUAUCCGGCCCAUUAAACUCAUUUCCCGAGAUACUCAACCCAAAGAACGUCAUUGAUUUGGAUAAGGAUUUUCUAUUCUCAUUCUUAUUAUCAUCACGUUUAUUUUUGCGUCCACAUGAGCUGCUCGGCAAACUCUUGGACUCGAUAGCCGAGAGCUUUGAAUGCUUGGAAUCAUUAGUUGUCCUGCUGGCCGAGUGGACGGAGAAAUUUCCAUACGAUUAUCGUGACGAGCGGAUGAUGAACCAUGUUAAACAUAUCGUUGCCAGUUGCUCCAAUUCACAUUUAAAAGACGUCGUCUCGAAAGUACUGAGUGCCUUACUUAAACGCUUGACUGAUUUAGAGAGACAUGAGGCCGAUUUGCGUGCCUGUCAGAGCAACAACGAGAAGGUGAUUCGUCGCACUUUAAACUGCCCCACGGCCACGCAAUACGCCCAGAUCCUGUGUAGGCUGGAAAAGAAGUUGGCCAAGCAUAUUGGCCCAGAGGAGUUUCUGCAAUGCAGCAGUCUGGUGUUGUUGGACAAGCAGAAGAAAUGGGACCAACCAAUCACAUCCGGUGCACCGCCAGGUGUCCAGGAUCCAAAGAAGACCUGCAAUCUGGAAACAUAUCUGGACUGGUCGGCACGUCUGCGUUUGUUUGUCUGCAAUGAGAUACUACAGAGCAAUGGAAUUGAGGACCGCAGUCGGACUGUGGAGCUGUGGAGUGGAGUGGCACAGUAUUGCCUCCUAGUGGGUAACUACAAUAGCGCCACGGCCAUUCUCGAGUCCCUCGAGUCUCCGCCAAUUGCCAGGCUUAAAAUAACGUGGAGCAAAUUACAAAUGACAUGUCAACAAUUGGAUUGCAUGCAACGUCAUGCCGAAGGACAUGGACAUUUAUGGCAGAAGCAGGCAAUUGUCCUAAACGAGCAACAGCAGCUGAGUCCAAGGACUGAUAAGCAGGCUAAGACGCUCAUUUUGAUAACGGAAAAUUCAUCAGCAUCAUCAGCAGCAGGAGUAGCAGCAGCAGCAGCAGCAGUAGAAGUAGAAGUAGAAGUAGAAAUAUCAACAACAACAGCAACAACGCCUCCAGCAUCAACUGACCAAGAGGACUUGAGGGAGAAACCCUCAAGUAGUGUCAUUGGGCAGCCAGUUGGCAAAGCAGUCGCUUCCGGCUUGAAUGCAAUGCCCACUCCAUUGGAGAUGGCAUCUCUAAGCAUGCCUGUGGCUGGCAGCACCAACAAGCCGGAUACAGUUGAGGCAACAACAUCAACAACAACGGCAACAACAACAACAUCAACGGUUUGCGGCAAACCCAACGAUUGGGUUGUUAUUCCGGUGUUUGCGGAUAUUGUUAAAUUGGCGCUGGCCGAACGCGAAAACUGUUUGCAGCGCUUACCAAAUGGCCACAUCAAUAUAAUUGCCUUCGAUCGUAUGGCGGCUAUAGUUGGGGCCUUUACCAAACACAUGCAGGCAACGAAGCCAUCAGUGGCGCCAUCUAGCGGAGAGUAUGAGCACUUCUGCUGCCAAAUGCAACAAACUACAAAACUUAGCGAAGCGGAUCUUAUGAUGGCUUCCUUUGAAUGUGAAGAACCCAACAAUGCUGAGAAGCUAAUGUAUGAUUUAAAUUAAGUAACGAAAACGAAUUUAGAAGAGCAAUAACAUCGCAUGGAGGCCAUGGAGGCGUUAAACUAAUGGGGCACAGCUGCUGACUGCUUCUGCAGGCUAAACCCAGCGCGAUCCUUAUUGAUCAGGCGUCUCAAGUCGACUCACUUCCUCCUCGUGGAGGCCUCCGGUAACGUUGACCGAGCUUACUCCGCCUCGAAAACGGCCAAAGUGAGCGGCGUUCAUCUCCUCAGAUUGAUUGAUUGAUUGAAUGAUGUUCUGAGUCCUGGCAUAAUAAUUUUGCUUAACAAUUUUUACAAUUUCUUAAUAAAGUGACUUAAGUCAGAUAUUGGAUAUUUAA